CGACUGACGUUGGACAACAAAGAUGGCGGCAGGGACCAGCAAUUACUGGGAAGAUCUCAGGAAACAAGCUCGACAGCUGGAAAAUGAGCUUGACCUGAAACUAGUUUCCUUCAGUAAACUAUGUACAAGUUACAGUCACAGCAGUGCCCGAGAUGGAAGACGCGACAGGUAUAGCUCUGACACAACACCCCUUUUAAAUGGAUCAAGCCAAGACAGAAUGUUUGAAACUAUGGCGAUUGAGAUUGAACAGCUUUUGGCAAGGCUUACAGGAGUAAAUGAUAAAAUGGCAGAAUAUACCAACAGUGCUGGUGUCCCCUCCUUGAAUGCGGCAUUGAUGCAUACAUUACAGCGACAUAGAGACAUACUGCAGGAUUAUACACAUGAAUUCCAUAAAACCAAAGCAAACUUUGUGGCAAUACGGGAAAGGGAGAAUCUCAUGGGAUCAGUACGAAAGGAUAUUGAGUCAUAUAAAAGUGGGUCUGGAGUAAACAACAGAAGAACUGAACUAUUUUUGAAAGAACAUGACCACCUUCGAAACUCAGAUCGUCUAAUAGAAGAGACAAUAAGCAUUGCUAUGGCAACAAAAGAAAAUAUGACUUCACAGAGAGGAAUGUUGAAGUCAAUUCAGAGCAAAAUGAACACUUUGGCCAAUCGUUUUCCUGCUGUGAACAGCCUUAUCCAGAGGAUCAACCUUAGGAAGCGGCGAGACUCACUCAUCCUGGGUGGUGUUAUUGGUGUCUGUACCAUCCUAUUGCUGCUGUAUGCUUUCCAUUGAUGAGACAUCUCCAGGGACUCUUGACAGCCACCACUUUCACACCCUGAUCGGAAUAAGAAAAAGUAGGAAGGAGAAGUUGACUGACCUGAUAAUUAGCCUGACCGGCAGGAUUAAUUCAAGACUGAUAGUGACGGACUCUGUGACGUGGUCAGGUUGAGCUGAAGUCACAGGUUUUCUGUGCUAUCUUUUCUAACACACGUUUCCUUCUGUUUUUAGUUUAAAAAUAAUAAUAAAUGUUUUCAGUUGCUUUUGUCUCCCGAAGAGGUAAGUAAACCCAUCAGAAACAGAGUUUCCGUGCCUCUGUGAAAGUGUUGAAGGCUGAUGACAAGCCCAGUCUUACAGCUGGAUUCUUCAGAAAACCAGGUUUCUCUAUAUCCAAAGACUGCUUUCCUUUCAGCCACCAGAUGGGGUUGUGAAAAAAUAGUUUUUGUCCUUUUUACACUCAUGAGAAAUCACAAGUCAUUUCUUGAUAAUCUAUGCUAUAAAUUUCUACUCUUUGUCCCCAACUCUUCCGGUAUUGAAGAAAAAUUACAUUUUUCACAGAAUCUUUGAGAUGCUCACAGACCAACUUCAACACAGUUGAGGUUGUCUGAAAUAGAAGACAAGUACUGCAAAAAAGCUUUUUUCUUUAUUUUAUUUUUUAAUCGUGCACACUCUGGGGUUAACUGUAUUCCUGGAAAAACAUCAAGAAUGACAGGCUUGUUUUUUGGUCAGUCACUGUUUUUUGUUAAUCUCUUCCAUUGGGUUAAUAUUUACUACUGUAAGAAAAUGAAAUCUCAGUUCUACCGUGACAAAAAGCCAAUGUCUGUCAUUGCAACUAUUCUUCAUCAUGUCAGGAUUAACACCGGCAACUGAGUGAGGGGAAUGCUUGGUUUUCAGUGAGAUCUCUUUAACAGGCCACAUGUAAAAAGACAGAGUGAGGGGUCAUCAUCAGAUAAUUCCAUUUGUAAGUGUUCCACAUUUAUGAGCAAAAGUUUAAGAACCACUGUCUGAUGUACCAGGAAUUCUGUGUUCUGUGAAAACCUAUUCAUUCCAAAUUUCUUAAGCUUUUUCAAACAUCCAGAGAAUGGCUUUAUUAUUGAAGGUGCAUAUAACAGAAUCUAUCUCUAUCUGCACCUGUCUUCUAUUAGCACCCUGGACAGUGACAAAAUUUUAAACCACCCACCAGAAUGCUUUUCAAGUUUAACCAUUUCUCAGUUUCUGUAAAUCUAUUACUUCUCUAACUGAACUACCACAAAUAGGCCGAAGACUUCCAACAGCUGUAUUCCUCACCAAGAAAGAAGGCUACUCUUCACCUUUGGAAUUUACUAUGGUAUUUAUAAUACUGGCUUAAGACCGUGCCAUGGGGAAUAAAAGGAUAUUAGCAUGUAGUUCUUAACUACAUCACAGAGUGUUGAUGGUGAUAUUCAGAUGAAUUUGAUUACAGGCUGAUGGGUAGACUAACCUCUGGUCUGGUGCAGAAACCGAGAGGUUUUUCGUGCUGGUGUCAAAGUUUCAUUAUGUUCUGGGUAAGAAGAGUGUUUGAUACAUUUUUUUAAACUAUGGGGUUUAUUUUUCUAAAUAUGGGUUGAUUGAUCAGUCAGUUGAUUGGGGAUGCCCUUAAAAGAAAGUUUAAGUUUUCCCAGUGUGAACCUUAACAGAUCAGAGAAAUAAGUUCAUUUAUUAAAUUCUCUGUUGGGAGAACAAAACUUCUCUCCCCUGACACUUUAUUAUCUUUGAUUUUUCAAAGGGUCUUGAUCGGUGGUUGUGCCUCAGCUAGAAUUUAUGGGACUUUGGUUGCUAUAUAGUCGGCAUUUAGAAAAUCUGAAGUAUCAUAAAUAAAGUUAUUUAUUUAAUUAUACUACCAGUCUUUUUUACUGGUCUGUUUGGUGUGUUCAUUAACGGGUGGUGGUGUGAGACUAAAACUAGGACCCAAGCUAAUCUAGCUUUUGCUGCGGCUGAGCAAACAAACACUUUUGAUGGCUGGGAAGCCUUUCCAUUAGAGUUGUGCUUAAAUGAAGUAAUAGAAUUAUGUUGAUUAUUUUCUUUAUGAAAAUAAAGAAACUAGUUCUUCUGAGGAAGUUGAAAAAGCGUGGUGUAGAUGUUGGUGUCAGGUAGGUCUGACUAACCUCCCAGUGCUGUAGCCCAUAGUGAGGUAACCCAGGGCCAAACGUAGAGUGCUAGGGUUGUGCUCCUCUAUCCUUUAUGGUUCCUUCUUUUGCAGAAGGAGGUCCUAGAGCAAGGAUAGAAAUGUGCCAUUUACAAGUAGAGGCUUAUUUUGGAUCCCAUGAUAGCUGAUUUGAACUCUUUCAGUUUCAUGCCAUUUAGCUUUUUUUUUUUUUUUUUUUUAAGCAGCUUGGUUUUCUUAACUUUUUUGCUGUCCUUACAAACCAGUUACUAGGCUCAGGGGCCAACAGUAAAUUGCUUAUUAGAGCCAGUCAGAGCCGGGUCCAAGGAAUUUUCUAUUCCUUGUCCCAAAGGUUAUCUCUUAGAGGAAGUUAUUCUCUCUCAGCCAUUGUCUUAUAUGAUGGAUCUUUCCUUUUGGGAUCUUUUUAAUAACCACUCAAAACUUUCCAUUUCACUUAAAAGUAUGAAAAACCAUGGCAACAAAAAGGGCAGAAAAUUCCAAAAGGUAUACUUCUGAGAGUUUGUUUUACUGUGUGCUGAUAACUUUAGUUUAAAAUGCUUAAUGAAUCUAUUACUCAAGUUCAAGCCCAGAUAUUCAAGUGCUUCAGUUGAUCUCUCCUGGCCAUUUCUAUAUUCUUCUUACUGUUAUUAAUAACGAUGCUGAAGGAGUCCCUGUAAUUUGCAGCAUUGCUUACCCAUAUUUUUCUAAUGUUAGAAAAAUAUGGGCUUUUCUUCUCCAUUAUUCCUUUCUCCUGCUUACCAAAAUUCAUUAGAAAAAUAUGGGCUUUUCUUCUCCAUUAUUCCUUUCUCCUGCUUACCAAAAUUCACUUUUAUAGAGAAUGCCUUUUUCCAUACUGCCUAGUACUCAGAUCAGACAUGGGAGUACAAUCCUGAGAGUGGAGAUGAGUAGUGAGAGGAGUCAUCAUGAGGGCACUUUUUGUAUCUGGAACCAAUUAAUAUUGAUUUUAGUUCUUUCCUGUUGGACACUGAAUGCAUCUGAAUAGAAAAAUGUACUUAUGGAGCUUUUUGAUGCAAUGACUUUUGGCCUCUAUGGAAUUGAGGCACCUUGGACUUGCAUUCCCACCAUUAAUUUUCUAUUUCAUUGUUAAUGAUCUGAACCUGAGGAAAAGGACUUUAAAGAACUGGACUAGCCUUUUUGGUUUUCUAAUACCUCAUGUUUGAUCACUAGCCAGAUAUGAUUUCUUGGAAAUUGACUGCAUUUUCUAACUUGCAAUAUUAAGCUAUUGAGGAUAAAUGGCCAUGUCUAUUGUUACACUGAAUUUUGUGGCAAAUGUAAAGAGUAAAUGGAUUCUACCGGGAAUUAAAAUGAUUGUGUUCUAUUCUCUUUUUGGGGUAGGAGUUGUUUAGCCUGGUCUCCAAAAAGAUACAGAGCUUUUCAUCAUGAUCUUUAUAAACUAAUCUUGUUAUUCCUUUAUAAAUCUGCAUACCCGUAAGUUUUAUAGGGCAAAAGAAAAUGAGGAACAAGUGACUCUUGAGGAUGUUUAUUGAAUAAGAAGCUGAGACAGCUGAGCCAUGUCCUAAGGGAUCUUUCUCAUUUUCUUUGUGCCUAGUACAAAGUAUCAGAAGUAUUACUUUAGUAUCAAAGUAUUUGCAUCUAUUCCUAUCCUAUUAGCUCUUAGGGAGGGAAAUCAAUUCCAAUCACACUUUACCAUGAUGGAAGAUGUUUCCUCAUGAAAAAUGCCAAUACAAGUUUUAAAAAAUCUAUUCCAAAUGCACUUUCUAAUUUUUUGCUUUUAAAAUGGCUUCUUGGAACCAGGUUUAUUGUAUUUGUACUUAAUUUUUUGUUCUCAUCUAAAUGUGCAUUUUCUGACUGUAUAGAAGAAGCUUUGUUAUGUAAUUUAAUAAUAAAUUAGAAAUAUGAA